CCAACGCACACCAGAGUUCAAUGAACUAGAGGGUAAAAGACGCCCUGUACUCGAUGGAGGAUCCAACGAAGGCGGUCUUGGACCUGAUGGCAAGAGCAGAACGUGAGCAUCAUCUUCGCCCUCCUGUCCGUUGCAGCGCUACCUGAAGACCCUUUGAGACCCGAACACCGUCUAUGCAUCUGUUCUCGACGAUUGCAUGCCUUCAAGAAGCCAAACCGGGGUCAACAAGUGCAAAUGAGAAUCGUGCCGCGUCAACUACGAGAGUAUCUGGGGUAGCACCGCAAACUUCGACACCUUCCAGACCUGCUAGGCGAAGUCGCUUUCCUCCUAGCAAAGAGGGCGCUGCCUCUUUGCCCACGUUGGAGCACUUUCUCAUGCAGAAUCGUUUUGCAGCCUUGUAUCGAAGCUUCAUACGAGCUACGCGCAACAUACCCAAUCCCGACGCGCGCCGAGAAAUGAUAGACUGGAUCAGGGGCGACUUGGAGCCGGCGAGAAGGGUCACAGAUCUGGUAAACUUGAAAGACCGCUUGAUGCUGGGCCACGUCCAGCUGAAACGCCUUCAGGGUCCAGUCGAACUUGUCUCUGCUUCGGACGUAGGUGGACCAGCCUUUGGCAGCUUCACGCCCUUCAGGAGGAGCGGGGACACGAGCAGAUCAGCCAACUCGCUCGACACCUCCGCUUCAUGAGCCCUCAUGCCCCGCACGCAUCUGCCGACCAAAUGGGACUUGGUUCGAAUCUGUCCCUGCACAGGACAAGGAUAAAACCAAGUUGUCACCGUUCAUGUGUCUCUGCUCAUACAUUCAAGCGCGUGUGGACAUUCUACAUUUGUCGCGGGGGCAGAAGAGGGAUAGCACCUGCAAUGAGACGCAGACUGCAAUCGUGGGACGUUUGUUGCUUGG